AUGAAGGACACCUGGAAGGUUCGCAUAUCCGAGGAGAUCCAAGGGUACGCGGACCGCAACGAAUGGAAGCAUUUCUUCUCUGCGACUAAGGCUGUGUACGGUCCACCAACCAAAGCAAAUGGUCCUAUCCUUGUCGCCGACGGUAGUACCCUACUCACUGAAAGAACACAAAUUCUGUAAUGAUGGACCGAGCACAUCAUAGGCGUCCUUAGCUGCCCCUCCACGAUCUCCGACGCCUCCAUCGCCCGUCUGCCUCAAGUGAAGGCCAGUGCUGAUCUCGAUCUCUCGCCCUCUCUACGCUAAGUCACCAAGACUGUGCAGCAGCCCUCCAGCGGGAAAGCGCCCCGAUCGUACGCGAUCCCUGCUGAGAUCUACAAGCACGAUGGCUCCCAACUAAUAGAUCAUCUUGUGGUGCUCUUCCAGGUCUUCUGCCGGAAAGCCGAUGCGUCUUCCGCCGUCCUCGUGAGAACUAGGCACGAUCUUCGCCGCCUGCCAACAUCAGGAGAAGUACCGGGCGAUGAGUAUCCAACUCUACUCCACAUUUGUGGAUCUGACGAAAUCCUUCGACACGGUGAAUCGUUAAUGACUUUAGGAAAUCAUACAGAAAGUCGGCUGUCUCAAAGGAUCCACUCAGAUGAUGCGUCAGCUCCACGAUGGUAUGAUAACGCGAGUCACAGAUAAUGGAGAUUCCUCAGAGGCAUUCGCAGUAACCAACGGAUUAAGGCAGGGCUGCGACCUCGCGCCCACCCUUCUUAGUCUCAUGUUCUCUGCCAUGCUAAUGGACGCCAAACGUGACGAACACCCGGGAUCUGCAUCGCCUACAGGAUGGAUGGUCACCCCCUCAACCAGCGGCGGAUACAUUUCCCGACGCGUUUAUCCACAAGGACCAAGGUCAAAGACCAACCGCCACCCGACGCUGCCUACGUCUUACCCAAAUCACACAUCUGGGCAGCAUCUUUCCUCACAAUGCCAAAAUCGACGAUGAAGUGCCCUGCGUAUUUUGAAAGCAAGCCAGGCCUUCGGCCGUUUGCAAAACACAGUUUGGAAUCGACACCUCAGCAACAAAAUGAAGAUGUGCAAGGCAGUCAUCCCGCCGACGCCGCUAUAUGGAUUGGAGACCUGGACGGUGAACAAGGAGCAGACACGGAGGCUCAACCACUUCCACUCCAGCUGUCUUCGGCGGAUACUAAAGCUGAGGUUACAGAUCUGGAUCCCGGAUAUGGAAGUAGUUGA